AUGAAUUACACUAAAGUUGACUGUAUGUACAAAGGCAGCAAUUUUCAAGAUAACGUCAACUUCCAAUCACAAAGUUUUCAAAUUCUUUCUUUCUUAAUAUGCGUUCUUGGUGGAGUUACCUCGCCGAUAACAGUGGCGGGAAAUGGACUCGUUGUGGUCGCUCUUUUACGAAAACAAUCUUUACGAACUCCAACAAAUAUACUAAUCUGUAGUCUGGCUUUGAGUGAUUGGCUCACUGGCGUGUGUUUCAUUCCUAGUUUUAUAGUCUAUGUUUCAAGCUUGGAGCAUUUUAAUUCGUGCUAUUUCAUUGGGAUUUUAUUUGCCUUUGGUUGGCUUGGCUGCGGCGCUUCGUUUUUAGGGAUGGUUGGCGUUAGCUUUGAGCGAUAUUUGGCGCUUUUUCUUCACUUGAAAUACGAUUCAUUUAUGACCGUUCUAAGGGCCACUAGUUUGAAUGCUAUUUCUUGGUCGAUACCAAUUUUAGUAGCUUCUUUGUACCUUGCAGGAUACUUUGCAAUAUCCUUAAUAAUAUCUAUUACUCUCCUAAUUCCUGGCCUUGUGGUUGUCGCCGUUAUAUAUCUCAAAAUAUUUCUUCUUGUUAAAAAACAUAGAAAACAAAUUCAAGCUCAAGAGAUUAGUGGGAAUUCUCCACAAGCUGAAAAGCAGAGAAAACUUGCUGUGACUAUUGGAAUGAUUGUUGGAGUUUCUUUUCUGUGUUAUUUACCGAUAUUCAUAGCUAGUCUUGUUGCUUUUAUGGUGAAUUUUACACCGCUAGCGAAAGAGCUUUUGGGUUUCUGCAGUUUCUUGUUUACAUUCAGUUCGUUUUGUAAUCCUUUCAUUUAUUGUCACAGAAAUCAAGAAAUCCGUAAGGCUGUUUUGUCUUGUUUAAGCGACUUAAAGCGAUGGUUUCGUAGUACAAUUAGACUUGUUUGUUACAUUAAUUGA